AUAUAUUUUCAAUCCUCCAAUUUAUUUGCUCUUUCAGUUUACUUAAUUAAUCAAAAUCUUUUAUCAAAAGUAGAUGUGCACUUCUUUAAAUAAUAUUUCGUUUUGUUUUGUUAAAAGUACAACAGAAUAGAAGAGAGCAGGCCAGGCGGUUCUUGUUUCUCCUCCAACCCUUUCUCUGUGUUUUGCUGCAAACCCAACAGUCACUCAAACGUUACUCUCCACUAAUGCUGGCGGGAAGGAAACCGCAGACUUUCCCAGUUAAUGGAAAUGCACCUUCUACUCCAAAUCUGACCAACAGCAUUGUGGCUGCUAGAAAUCUGAGGAAGAGUCAGCUAGGGGGUGUCAUAUUUGGUUGCAAGAACAGCACCUACAAAGAGUGUCUAUCCAGCCAGCUUUUUGGCUUACCUUCUCAACACUUUUCAUAUGUUAAGAACAUAGAUCCAGGAUUGCCAUUGUUUCUGUUCAACUACAGUGAUCGGAAGCUACACGGAAUCUUUGAGGCUGCUAGCCAUGGUCAGAUGAACAUUAACCCAUAUGGAUGGACUACUGAUGGUUCAGAGAAAACGCAAUAUCCUGCGCAAGUUCAGAUUCGUGUUCGACUACAAUGCCAACCUCUGCUUGAAGAACAGUUUAGGCCUAUUAUUGCAGGCAAUUACUACUGUUCUAAUCAUUUCUGGUUUGAGUUAGACCAUGCUCAAACAAGUAAAUUGCUGUCUUUAUUAGCAUCUUUAGCAGUUUCUCCAAGCACUUAUCUACCUCAAAAUACAGCAAAGUGGAGAUAUAUCUUCCAAGCUCUUCCUUCAACUUGCACCAAAGGGGAAGGUGAAGGUGAAGGAUUUAGACCACUUGCUCCUGAGAUGGAGCAUUCUAAUCACUCAAGUGGAAAAUUGGAUACAGAUGUUUAUUUUGAUGAAGUAAAAGUAGCAGAUGAAGGAUUUAAGUUCUCAGCUUCAGAGGUUGAGCAUUUUAGUCAAUCAAGUGGAAAAUCAGAUUCUACAGAUUCUGCUCCUUUUGAUUCGCUGGAAACUCAGGUAGAUGCAAAGACAACAGGACAAGAUGAGAAAGACCUUAUUUUGACUAAACUGAAAGAACUGGCUCAAAAGCGUAGAGAUCAAGAUGUUUCUUUGUCGGAAAAUGUGGAAGAUUCCACUCGUACGAAAGAGACACACUUUGAAGAAAAGGGGUUUUUAAGGGAGCAAAUGGAUUUGGUGCAGAAGAAUGAAGACCCUGCCUGUUCUUCAUCUCAUUGUCAAUCCACUAUAGCUCAGUUGGUUCAAGGGAUUGAAGAGCUCAGGACAUUUAAAGAAGAACAAUGCGUGAAGAUGAUUCAAAUGGAGCAAAAACUCGUUGCAGCAGAAAUGGAAAUUCAACAGCUGAAAGAUCGUUGUCUGAUGUUGGAAUCCUUGUCCAAUUAUUCUGUGGAACAUGUUAAUGGAAAGGCAAUUGAGCCCUCUGAGGAGCUGCAAUUGGAUCCUACAGAGUCAAUUUUUUUAGUGGGAGGAUAUGAUGGUGAAUCGUGGUUGUCAGCACUGGAUUCUUAUUUCCCAUCUCAAGAUGUGAUAAAAUCUGUUCAACCGAUGAGUUCUGUCCGUUCAUACGCUUCAGCUGCACAGUUGAACGGUGAGCUUUAUGUCUUCGGCGGAGGUGAUGGUUAUUCAUGGUAUGAUACAGUUGAAUCAUACAGCCCAUCAAGUGAUCAGUGGACCCUCUGCCCUUCGCUAAAGGAGAAAAAGGGAAGCUUAGCUGGAGCUGCAUUGGAUGGCAAAAUAUUUGCCAUUGGCGGCGGGAAUGGGGUUGAAUGCUUUUCAGAUGUUGAAAUGCUUGACUUUGUUGUCGGACGAUGGAUCAACGCUCGCUCAAUGCUACAAAAGCGAUUUGCUCUUGCUGCCAUGGAACUUAAUGGUGCAAUUUAUGCUACUGGUGGAUAUGAUGGGAAUGAUUACUUGAAUUCUGCCGAAAGAUUUGACCCCAGAGAGCAUUCGUGGACCAAAAUUGCAAGCAUGAGCACAAAGAGGGGCUGCCAUUCACUGGUUGUGUUGGAUGAAAAACUAUAUGCUAUUGGCGGUUUUGAUGGUACUAAAAUGGUUCCAAGUGUUGAAAUAUUUGAUCCACGUCUCGGAUCAUGGACAAGUGGGGACCCAAUUAACCAACCUAGGGGAUAUGCAGCUGCAGCUGUUGUAAAAGGAUCAAUAUACGUUAUUGGAGGUCUGAGAGCCGGUGAAGACAUUGUAGACUCGGUGGAAUGUUUCAAGGAGGGUGAGGGCUGGCAAGUGAAAACCACCGAGGCUGUGGGUAAAAGGUGCUUCUUAUCAGCUAUUGUUUUUUGAAGUUAUAAACAUAAAAGCAUGCAUGGCUUAGGUGGAAGAAGCGUAUAUAUAAUAGUUUCACUGGCCAUUGAUGAAACACUUAUCUAAGCUAAAUUAUUUAAGUCCAUGGGAUGAAACCAACUAAUAUAUAUUUUGUUAAAACGUGAAAAAUACAAACUCAUAAAUCAA